GGGGACGACGUUUACUUAACCGAUGCCGAGGAGUUAGAGGGUUCAGGAUAUGUUAACGAAAAUAUGACUGACAUCGGACGAGACGAUGACGAAGACAGAAGCGAGGAAAGCAAUCCACCGCCAUUCAUCACACCCCCUCCUCCUAAUCCGGACUAUAAAGGGCCUAAGGGUGAAAAAGGUGAUAAAGGAGACAAAGGAGAGAGUGUUAGAGGACCACCAGGACCCCCUGGUCCACCUGGACAAGACGAGGGUCCACCGGGCAAGAAAGGAGAACCCGGAACAUGCGCCUGCAACGCGACAGAACUGAUGGCAUCCUUUACAAUGCCUAAAAUGAUCCAGGGACCGAAAGGAGAGCAAGGAUUACCAGGACAAGAAGGGAAACAGGGACAGAUGGGGUUGACGGGUGCUGCAGGACCACCUGGAGAGAGAGGACUCCAAGGACCGCAGGGCGCUAAAGGUGACAAAGGAGACAUGGGAAUACCGGGACCGGAAGGUCCUCAAGGACAAAAAGGCGAGCCGGGUCGUGACGGAGUGGCAGGGGAGAAAGGUGCUCAAGGACCACCAGGACCUCCGGGAAAGGGUGAAUUCUCUGGUUAUGAUACGGAAGGUAUCGAGAUGAGACCAGGAUUGCCAGGACAUAAAGGUGAAACCGGUACUCCAGGAAGUCCAGGACCAAAAGGUGAACCAGGAAUUGCGGGUGCCAAAGGAAACAAAGGAGAACCAGGGCACAAAGGCGCCGAAGGUGCACACGGAAAAGAAGGACCUAGAGGAAUUCAAGGAUUUAAGGGUGAACCAGGUGCUCCUGGAGCACCGGGACUUCCUGGUGCACCGGGUGAAAAUGGGAGACCGGCAGAAAAAGGCGAUAAAGGAGAUACGGGACCGGAAGGGAAACCAGGACCUCCUGGAAUACCUGGGCCCCCGGGACUACCUGGAAUAACCGGCCCAGGAGGUGUUAGUGUUGGAGAUUCGGUGUUAAGGGCAAAAGGUGACAAAGGUGAAGCGGGCGCUCGAGGAUUCAAAGGGGACAAGGGCACCAAAGGCGAGAAAGGAGAUAAAGGUGAUUUUGGUCCAGCUGGAAUUCCCGGUGUGAAUGGCAUUCAAGGACCUCAGGGCAACAAAGGCGAACCGGGCAAGGAUGGAGUUCCAGGAGCCCCGGGAAUCGUUGGUGUAAAGGGUGAAAAAGGUGACAGAGGACCACCAGGAGCCACGGCCAUAGCCAGUUCGGGUGACUACAUCACCGUGAAGGGUGAAAAAGGUGCUGAAGGGAAAAGGGGGAGAAGAGGACGUCCUGGACCUGUAGGACCACCUGGGAAGCCUGGAGUUAUGGGCGAAAUUGGAUUACCUGGUUGGGUGGGUCGUCCUGGACUUCCUGGACCUGUUGGACCGGCAGGACCCAAGGGAGAAAAAGGAGAGCCUGGAACACCGAGCCCUUAUGGAGUUUCAGUCGGUAUAAAAGGUGACAAAGGAGACGAUGGUUUUCCUGGAAUUCCUGGACAGCCCGGUAGAGAUGGUCAGAGAGGACCUCCAGGACCACCUGGACCACCUGGGCCACCAUCACAAGGAAACUACAUUCCGGUUCCGGGACCCCCAGGACCUCCUGGACCACCAGGACCACCUGGACUAUCAUUAAUUGGACAAAAAGGAGAGCCAGGAAUCGGCAGAAGCCACAUAUUCGGUGAAAGGGAUUACUAUGGUGUUAGACAAGGUAAAUUAACGUGUACAGACUCUUUCAGAACAGAUAGUAAAUAUAAUGCUUUGAAAAAUAGCAGUAUGGACUAUUUCGAGUGAAAUUUCAGUAAAUUACUAAAAUUAGUAAGGUGA